UCUGCUACAGCUGAGCCUCAGCAGCAGCAGCAGGGACUGCUGUCCGGUAGAUGGUAGGAGCAGGGCCGGAGGAAAAAUGCAGACAUCCUGCGGAAAACGCACAGAACAGCGUCCCGACGACACUCGCUGAUCCUCGUGUCUUUGCCGUUUUUCGUUAUUCCUUUGUCUUCUUGCGUCCCUCUCCUCUCUAAACACCGGAGGAUGGGGGAAUGAUCAGUGCCGCCACCAUCUCCCCGUCCUCCGCCUUCGUCUGGUGUCUGUGCCCAGGAUGAGGGCUCGGCUGAUCGGACACACGGUGGUGUUCGUUGCCCUUUUGGCGCUGAGAAGCUGCCUGGCAGGUUCUCCUCUGUGCCCUCGGAGUUUAGAAUGUGCCCUGGCAGGAAGACACUUCUGCCAGCCGGGCAGCUCCCACUGCGGGCCUUGUCUGCGCCCCCUGGUGGAAAACUCCCGUGGACGCUGCGUGGUCAAGAGGAGACAUGCUCCUCACACUCAUUCUGUUAAAGAUAAUGUGAGCCCAUACCCUGAACUCGAUGAGGAGAUUGACUUUCUCUCUGCAAUCAUCAGGGAACAGAGACCUGAGUCCUACAGCUCAGCCCCAUCCUCCCAGGAGAUCACAUCCAAGCAGUUUGAAGAGCAUGGCUACACUCACAGAGCAUCUUCUGUGGAACAGCCUCCUACUCAGAGUGUCCUGUUAACUAGCAUCGCUUCACCCACCCCUAGAAACCACACUGCCGCUCUGAGCAAUCCCAUCAUCCUCCACUACCCUUCUAAUGACCAUGUCUUCAUCAUCAUGAGCAGCGUCGUCAUUGUGGCAGGUUCCCUGGCACUGGUGGUAGCAUUGGCUUGUUGGGUCAGGUUUCAGAAAUGUGUUCAUAUAAGUCAGAAAGUGGACUACCCUUCAUCUGGACUGAUGGGUGCUCAGGCAUUCGAGAAUUUGCUUGGGGACAAGAAGCUGGCCCACAGUGCCCAAAUGUACCACUACCAGCACCAGAAGCAACAGAUGCUCUCCCUGAAAAAACACAGGGUUGAGCCAAAAGUUCCUGACUCCGCAGCCUCAACAGAUGAGGAGAAUGAGGAUGGAGAUUUCACAGUGUAUGAGUGUCCUGGACUUGCACCAACGGGGGAAAUGGAGGUGAAGAACCCAUUGUUUGACGACUCCACCCUCUACCUGCAGAGAUUCCACAAAUGAACCUGGACACAGAGACAUUUCAUGCUCUAAAUGCAGCACCUGUAUGUACAAAUAUUUACACACAUCAGUUUAAUUAUUUCAGUGGACAGAUCUGACACAUAUCCUAAACAGCCAUACUACAUUUGGUUUUUCCCAUUUUGUUUACAUAUUUCUUUACUGUUUAUUACACACAUAUUCAAUCAUACAUGCUGUGUUUACACGCAGUAUUUAUGAGCUCACUGAUAGAACAGGCUUUGCUUUUAUUUCAGCAUUUUAAAUAGAUGUAAUGUUGAUAUUUCCUGAACUCAGCUCAGCGACUUCUCUUAUGUGUUAUGUACACAUUGUUUUUCAGUUGAUUUCCGUCUUGCUGACACCAUGUGUACAUGCAUCUGCACUUCUUCAUUCUUAUGAACACACACAGUUCAUCCAAGAAAUUUAAAUAUUAGACAAAGAUAACACAAGUAAAUUAAAUGUAUAACUGAAGGUGUUUAUGAUUAAGAGGGGAAACAUCCAUACCUGCAUAGCCCUGUGUGAUGAAGUGAGUGGGAAUGUGGACUGACGAGACAAAGGUUGAACUUUCUGGAAGAUGUGUGUCCCAUUGCAUCUGGUGUAAAAGUAACACAGCAUUUCAGAAAUGGGACAUCAUACCAGCAGUGAUAUAUGGUGCUGCUGGUGUGACAGUCUGGGGCUGUUUUGCUGUCUCAGGACCAGAAGACUUGCUGUGGUAAAUGCAAACAUGAAUUCUGCCAACUACCAAAACAUCCUGAAGGAGAAUGUCCAACUAUCUGUUUGUGACCUCGAGCUGAAGCACAUUUGGGUUCUGCAGCAGGACAAUGAUCCAAAACACACCAGCAGGUCCACCUCUGAAUGGGUUAAGAAACACAAAAUGAAGACUUUGGAGUGACCGAGUCAAAGUCAAGACCUGAAUCUGAUUGAGAUACUGUGGCAUGACCUAAAAAAGGUGGUUCAUCCUCGGAAACUGUUCUGUGUGACUGAAUUACAAGAAUUGUGCAAAGAGGAGUGAGCCAAAACUCCCCGACAGAACUGCAACAGACUGCCAGUUAUCACAAACUUCGGAGUUUGCAGUUUUGCAGUUGCUGAUGCUAAGGGUGGCUUAACCAGUUGUACACACACACGUUUAAUUUGAAAAUUCUGUAUGAACUCAGAUGGUCUUGUAUAUUUGGUCUACAGCUGACAUUGUGUUUUCAUGGUUUUGUGAGCUGUAAAUAGUGGCUGAUAUGUACAGGAGAUAUCUUACCUCUCAGUCAGUCAGUGUGGGUGUACAGAAGAUCCUCAGUACUGUGUCAAAUACACAUCUGUUAUUCAAUUUCUUAAUGUGAAUUUGUAUUUGUUGGGAAAAGACAAUGUCAUGUAUAACACGUUAAACCCAUUGUGACGAAAGCAGCGAGGAGCCACACGUUCAUGUUCAACAUACCCGCCCAGUUUUACUUUGAAGAGGUCUCGAUCUGCUGAGACGUCAACAAAAAUAUGAAAAAAAAGGAAAAUUACAUGUAGCUGUGGACACGUCGCCAUAAAAGAAACUUAAAAUCAAAGAAUCUGAACAAAAGAAACAACUAAGAAUAUUUUAAAAACGGCGCCGACCACAGUCCCCAGAAAUCUACAACUUAAAGCGUUGCAGAAACAGCGUUCCCUUUAUGCAUCAACAGUUGCAGUGUGGGAUUGCAGCCUUUUCCAACAUUGAACUGAUUCCAAAGCUUUUAAAUUUACUCCCCGAGAGAUGGGGACAUUUUUAUUUAAGCGUCCUGAAAAUGUAUUCUAGAUGCAGAGAAACCAGAACAUGUGUUGGCACACUUUGGAUCAGGUUUUCUUUCCUUUGUCAAAUCUAUGUUUGUGUAUUUUACUUUGUCCUGCAUAAUAAUCACUCAAAUAACAUGAAGUUUGAUUUAUGAUUUUAUUUAAAUAUUAUGGAUUGAAUAUUACCACUCACUGUUACAAUAUUUCCAUCGAUGCAUCUAAAACAACAAAUGCAAACUUGCAACAAAUCCUCCCUUUAUGAUCGUUCAGACUGUUUACCUGCACUGUACAGAGUGUUUCUGUCAUUUAUCAUCAUGUAAAAAGGCCAUCCAUAUAAUUCAGCUGCCCGUGUUCCAGGGCUUUUAUAUUAGACUGCAUUAGUUUUAUCCAAUAACCUGCCUAUUGAAGGUACAGUAUGUAGUCCAUGUAGUGGGCUCUGCCUAAUAAAGUGCACCAUUAUAAUCAAUGCAAAAAUCUCCUUUUCUUUGCAGACUUCAUAACGGUCUCUGUCACUAACAGUAGAAACUCUGGAUUUUUAUGUUGACUGGGCGUUCUCUGCUUUUCCUUUACUAGAGCUGUUCUUCUGACCUGACCUGGUUAGGACUUAAUAUGCGCAACUGCCUUUCUAUAUAUCCUCAUAUUGCCCCACUCCAUAGCUCAUAGAUGUUCUUCAUACAUGUAGAAUGAGUGUCCAGCUGCAAACAGUGAAACAGUCCAGGAAACCUGGAUGUAACCGCGUCUCUCAGGAAAGUCGCUGUCUGCGGCUCCUUUCUUCAUCCUGCUGCCGUUCUCCUCAGCCUGUCAGCACUUCCAUACUGGAGGAACACAUUAAUCUGCACUGGAGCUGCUCAUGUGCUGUACGAGUGUCCACAUCCAAACUCACAUAUGUACCAGGGAAUAUUAACACGGAAGCCCUUUACUAUGUUAUACAGACUGUUGAAUCCAAACCUCUUAAGCUUGUGCAGCAAAAUGAGUCGUUGGAUGAGGAAUUACAAGAAGAGAUGCAAUUCUCAUGUUGUUUGCCUUUUUAAAGAUGUUCUGCUUCACCAGUGCUGAGCAAAAGCCCAGCUGGUUGUCUUUAUUUGCUCCUUCUUUCUCUGAGUGUUGUAAAGGAACUGUAGAACAAGUCAUUCUCUACAUGAGCUACAUGUGAUAGAAACUGUUUGAAGGCUAAGUGUUAUGAUUCUGUACAUUUAGGACAACUUCAUUACCAUCAUGUUUAGCAUGCUUGUGGAUAUACCAGAGCUGAAAGAAAUAAAUAUUUAUAUAAUCGCUAAAGAAAUCUGAGUAGUUGUAAAGUGUUUGUUUUUCUUUCUUUGUUUGUUUGUUAGUUUUUUUUUUGCAUCAUUGUAAUCCAAUAUUUCAUAGGUUAGGGAAAUAUUUCUGUCCAAUCUUAAUUCACGGAGGAAUGUUUCUCUGGUAUGAAACUGGUAUGAACGCUGCUGUUUCACAAACAGCAGGGUUCAUUCACAAACCUGUACAUAUGCAGUAAACAUGCACUGCAUCGUUUUAGACCAUGCAUCAGCACUGUGACAACUAUAUAUUAUCUUUUUGUUUUUUUGUUAAUAAAACAUUGUACAAAAUUAGAAAUAUGAUGGUUAUGAUUAAGACCUGAGCACUCUGUGAAAGCCUUAUUGUAUCUGCUCUGAUUAUUGAUAUUAUUUAGGCAAAUGCAUGGUCUUCCUAAGGGCCUAAACAUACUGUAAAACUCGUGAAAUUCUACACAUGCAUCAGGUCUUUUGAGGAUUUGGAGAAUAUAAAAAGGCUCCACAGCACCACUCCUGAAAGUAUUCCCAGCGUACAGAUUGAGCUGACCAUUUGGUCCACACGUGUAACAACCCAACACAUACAAAAACCGCUGUGUGGGUCCGUGGUGUGUCACAGACACGUCUUACUCUUUCAGGUACAGCUUCAAGGUAGUUGAUCAGAGCCACCUCAAAUUUUGUCAGAAAAAUGUUAAGGUGUUACUUUAUGUUCAAAGUUGUGAGUUUUAAUCCAAGGACAUGACCCUAGCAGCAUGAGAACUUUUGAUAUGUUGCCAUGAAGCAUGCAAUUUCUGACUAAAAAAACACCGUGUCCAAUCUGUACAGGGACUGAAAGUUUCUCCCACCGAGAGUAAAUCGAGACUUUACAGUGAUGGAGUUCAUUAUGCUUCCUAAUGUCAACAGAAUACUGUUGACAUGCUGAUAUUGCAUCAACACCAGGUCUUAGGGUUUCAGAAUAUUGCAUUUCAGAUUGUUGUAAUCAUCUCUGCAGCAUAAGUGUACCAGGCUCCAGUUUUUUACCAAUUAUGUGGUCAUGAUUGACAUUGUGCCUGCAGACAGCUUCAAGUACAAGUGGAAAAAGGAGCAGUGAAAGACUUUAGAAACGACUGAGCUCCACGCUCCAUGGUACACAUACAUGCACCCUGUCAGUCCCACAGCUACAGUGUAUUUAUCUUACAGACAUUCUCUGACAAUCUGAAUGGGAGCAGUUUGUGUGUUUGGGGAUAUUUGUAGAGCUGUUUGAAGUUUUUACUGAGCACUGUUCCACAUCGUUCCAGCUCACUUUAACAGCUUUCACAUAUGUGUGCUAUAUAAAUAUGCACCACAUAUAUUAACUAAGUAAAACUAUACUGUAUGGUGUUUCUUUUCAGCACAUUUGACUGAGAUGCAGUUAAUAAAUAAUAAAGGUCACACUUUAACAACACUAACACGUGGCACUUUUUCUCGCAUGUUUCUUAUUUUAAUCAGUUAAAUUAUAAAAUGGAUGUAAAAGGAUCAUAAAAUUAAUUUUACAUUUACUUAGCUUGUAUUUACAUUUCAUGAAACAUUUGAAUGUAAUACACCAAAAUAAACCAGAAAGGAAAAAAUAAGCUACACUAAAAAUGAAUAUUUAGUUUCUAUUCUGAGAAGUUCUGUCAAGUAUACUAAGUAAAACAAAUUCGAUGCCAUUUACUGGAUAGACGAGAUCAUGAGUUGAACAGAGAAAAAUGAAGUAUCCUCUAUUUCCUGUGACAAAUUCACUUUCAUGUUCAUGCAUACAGUUUACUGCAUGUAGCUACUGUUUUGUAAAAUAAAAUCAGUAUCAUCAGAUGUUUUAAAUCAUACAGCACAAUGGGUUUGAAGUUCAAUACACCUGAUGUUGUAUUUGAUGCCUUUUAAACUUUUUUCUUUGGAACGACCAGAAGAAAAACA